GUGACUGCUGGCUGCUCGCCGCCAUCGCCUCACUCACCCUGAAUGAGGAGGUUCUGGCUCGAGUCGUCCCACAUGACCAGAGCUUCAGAGACGGAGAGUACUGCGGAAUCUUCCACUUUGAGUUCUGGCAGUUUGGUGAGUGGGUGGACGUGGUGAUCGACGACCGUCUGCCCACUAAAGAUGGCGAGCUGUUGUUUGUCCACUCUGCAGAGGGGAGAGAGUUCUGGAGCGCCCUGCUGGAGAAAGCCUACGCCAAGUUGACCGGGUCUUACGAGGCGCUGUCUGGAGGAUCGACCACCGAGGGUUUUGAGGAUUUCACGGGGGGGAUCGCUGAAGCCCACGACCUGAACCAGCCCAGUCCACACCUGUUCCACAUCAUCCAGAAGGCCCAGAGGCGCGGCUCCCUGAUGGGCUGCUCUAUAGAUAUUACGAGCUCGGCUGACUCGGAGGCGGUCACUGGUCAGAAGCUGGUGAAAGGACACGCCUACUCUGUGACAGGAGCAGAUCAGGUAGAGUACCGUGGAAACAUGGAGAAGCUGAUCCGGAUCAGGAACCCCUGGGGUCAGGUGGAGUGGACCGGUGCGUGGAGUGAUAACUCGUCAGAGUGGCGUUACAUCAGCGAUGAGGACCGCGAGCGUCUGAGUCACCGCUCAGAGGACGGAGAGUUCUGGAUGUCCUUCUCUGACUUCCUGCGUCAUUACUCCCGGCUGGAGAUCUGUAACCUGACACCCGACGCCCUGAGCGAUGAUUCCAUCUCCAAGUGGUCUCUGAACAAGUUCGACGGCACCUGGAGGAGAGGGUCCACCGCGGGGGGCUGCAGGAACUUCCCCAACUCGUUCUGGACCAACCCUCAGUUUGUCAUCAAGCUGGACGAGGAGGACGACGACCCCGAUGACGGCGAGUCCGGCUGCAGCUUCGUGGUCGGUCUGAUCCAGAAGAACCGCAGACGCAUGAGGAAGAUGGGCGAGGACAUGCACACGGUGGGAUUCGCCAUCUACGAGGUUCCUGACGAGUUCCACGGGCAGAAGCAGGUUCACCUGGAUAAGAACUUCUUCCUGACGCACGCUCAGACGGCGAGAUCCGAGACCUUCGUCAACCUGAGAGAGGUCAGCACCCGCUUCAAGCUGCCGCCCGGAGAAUACCUGAUCAUCCCGUCCACCUUCGACCCGCACCUCAACGGAGACUUCUGCAUCCGGGUCUUCUCUGAGAAGCAGUCAGAGACCAUACCCUGUGACGACCCCGUCAGCGCUGAACUGGAGGAUGAGUCGGUGUCAGACGAAGACGUGGACGCAGGUUUCCGAGGACUCUUCACCAAACUCGCCGGAGACGACAUGGAGAUCUCUGCGGUCGAGCUCAGGACCAUCUUGAACAAGAUCGUCGCCAAACGUACAGACAUAAAGACGGACGGCUUCAGCAUGGAGACCAGCAGGAUCAUGGUGAACCUGAUGGACAAGGACAGUGGAAAUGGGAAGCUCGGCCUCGGAGAGUUCGCUACUCUGUGGAAGAAGGUUCAGAGAUACCUGACCAUCUAUAAGAAGAACGACUCGGAUAACUCGGGGACGAUGAGCACUCCAGAGAUGAGAGUCGCCUUCAAAGACGCAGGUUUCACCCUCAACAACGCCAUCUACCAGCUGCUGGUGGCUCGAUACUCCGACCCCGACAUGACCAUCGACUUCGACAACUUCGUGGGCUGUCUGAUGAGGCUGGAGAUGAUGUUCAAGAUCUUUCAGAAGUUGGACGCUCACAACAGCGGCUCCAUCCAGCUCGACUUCACCCAGUGGAUAAACUUCUCCAUGAUCUGAGCCUCCGCUCUGUGUUGUCGCCCCCCCUCCCCCCCCCUGCGGAGCUUCAGUGUUACUGCAGGACGCCAUAUUCCCCGUUUACAGCGUCUCUUCCUGUCACUGCAUUUCUAUGUGAGGCUAAUGUUUUUAUCCUGUACACUAUCUGACUCAUGCAACGCAAAGUAGUCAAUAAAUAUAUUCACAACCCUUUAA